AUGAAGAAGUUUGGGAGGAAAAGAGAAUCGACACAUGGCACUGCAUAUGAGCAGAUUCGCAAGACGUUUGACGACCUUAAAAGAAAGAUAGCAGAUGCUGGGCACCUGUCCUCAAGUGGAUUAUCUACCAACGCAUCACCAGGAAACUCCAGCUGGAGGAGGGAUUAUUCGAGUGACCUUGCUUCCAGUUCUAGUGAGUCUGUGGAGGAUUACAGCUUUUCUGGCGCACACGAUCUGAAGCCCAAAGCCAGGGGCAAACACGAGUCCCCGGGCCUUGGAGGUAAAAGAGAGGAUGACUUUGUGAUAAACCACGACCUCUUGAGCUCCAGCGAGGCAUAUGAUGAGAGCUUAGGGUUUGAAAGCUUUCUUGAUGAAGAGGCAAGGAGGGAAUCCAAGAUGCAGAACAUAACGUUCAGGAGGAAAAGAGAAGCAGGUGAUCCUGCACCUGGAUUAGACAAUGGAGUGGGGAGUGCUGAGGCAGCAGAUGGAGAUUCGCAGAUGGGUCUUUUGAAAAAGAUCCCGUUUGAUAGGAUGCCGAAAAACAUCAGAAAGAUUGGGGAGGCGACGUUCAGCGAGGUAUUUGCACAAGGGACAUUAGUCUACAAGAUAGUUCCCCUCGGAAACACUCCCGACGAGAUGUCUCUUGCAUCGUUUCUUCAGGAGUCUACCAUAUACAAAACCAUUUCUGGGGAAGACGGGAUAUGCAAGCUUAGAGAUGUGUUUCUAGUGAAGGGGAAGUAUCCGAGAGAGUACCUGAAGGCAUGGGACGAUUAUGGAGAGGAGGAGAACGAAAGGCCUUGCAAGUACGAAGACUCACAGGAAUACGGUGUGAUAGUUAUGGAGGAUGGAGGAGAGAGCCUGGAAAAUAUUAGGUUCCAAAAUAUAGAGGAGGUGGACAAGUUCAUCAGAGAGGUUAUAAGGACACUAGCAAGGCUCGAGGAGAAGUAUGAGUUUGAGCACAGAGAUCUUCAUUGGGGAAACAUCCUCAUCAAGAAGGGCCAUAUCAGUCUGAUUGAUUUUUCACUCAGCAGACUGAAGAGUGAAGACACAGUGAUAUUCAAUGAUCUGAAUGACAAACAAUGGCUGUUUGAAGGAGACGAGAAGGUUGAUAUCCAGUUCAAGGUUUACAGAGACAUGCGAGAGCUAUGCUCCGGGCGUUGGGAGAGGUUUACUCCUGGGAGUAAUGUUCUAUGGGUGCGAUACCUUGUUGAAAAGGCCUUUGGAAAAAACAAGUUCAAAGGGAAAAGGGGAUUAAUCUCGCAAUACAUGUCAAUCAUAGAUAGAAGCACAUCGGUAAGGGAUAUAGAUAGGAAGCUCAGGAUGGAAGCAGGUACAGUAAAAAAGAGUUUUUAUUAA